AAGGUGAGUUUGUCUGGGGAAAUCCCUCGGCAUGCCAAGGCGCUAGGCCAUGUGGCUUCUAAUUAGUGACACAAAGAAGUUUCCAGAACCUUGUUGUCUGUGCUGGGCGCUCCUCCAGCUAGUGUAGUGUGUGAGGGAACUUUGAGUACAAACUAACUUUCAAUCCUAAGUAUGGCCAAGUGGGGUGAAGGUGAUCCACGAUGGAUUGUCGAAGAGAGGCCUGAUGCCAAGAACGUCAACAACUGGCACUGGUCUGAAAGUGAUGCAAGUGGUUGGUCCAAGAUUAAGCUGAAGGAAUUGCUCGUGGGGUUAGAGUUCAAGGGUACAGAGGGGGCCUGCAAGACAAUUGAAGUGGUCAGCUGCAAGGGAGAGGCCUCUGCCAAUAAUCGAAAGGGAAAGCUGAUCUUUUUCUACGAAUGGCAGAUCAACUUAAAGUGGACAGGCUCUUGCAACCCCCCAAAUUCGACCGUGGAUUGUGACGACGAGAGCAAGGAGUAUAGUGGGGAGAUUGAGAUCCCUAACCUGAGUGAAGAGAAUGACAUAGAUGAUGUGGAUAUCAUAGUCACUGCCAAGAAAUCGUCUCGGGAGGCCAACAAACUGAAGGAGCUUGCUCACAAAAUAGCCCCAAAAAUUGUCAGAGAGCAACUCAGUUUGUAUCUUGAGUCCAUGAGAGAGGAGUUCUCCAAAGGUCUUAUUUUUCCCAAGACUGGUGACGACCAGCCCAAUAACAUAACUACCUCCCGCCAGAGCUCGAUGGGGCCUAACCUAGACACCCCGGCCGCUCAAUCCUCCCCCUCUCCCAUUGGCUGUCGUAUUUAUACUGCAAGAAUCACACUCACUGACACGUUCAUGGCUCCCGUGGAGGAGUUAUAUGACUGCCUGACAGUGCAACAGAGAGUCGAGGCUUACACUCGUAAUGCAGCUGUAGUGGAGAGUGUGAAGGGUGGCUCCUACUCGAUUAUGAACGGGCAAAUCACGGGAGAGUUUGUGGAGCUGGCACGGCCCUCCAGAAUUGUCAUGAAGUGGAGGGAGAAGAUCUGGCCAGAGAACCACCACUCAAAGGUGACUAUUGAAAUCCAGCAGGAGCCAACACAUUCUAAAUUGAUUCUCACUCAAACUGAAGUUCCUGAAGCCGAAUUAGAACGAACUAAGCAAGGCUGGAAACGCCACAUUUUCAGCUCCCUUAAGUACACAUUUGGCUUUGGCGUAGCGCCCCUUUGACCUAAACAGUAGCUAAGAGAAAUGGACUAUUAUUUUAUUCUAUUUAUACAUGCUCAUGUGUUGCAUAUUUAUAGGGUUUAAUGUUUCAAGUUUUGUGAUACUUAUUGGUUUUCUAUAAUCAUCUGUGUAUUGUAUCACAAUUAUUAUAUAUUCUA